AUGGGUCAGGUGAUGAGCUUCUUUCUUUGGGUUGUUGACAUUGUUGAUACCUUCAGGCUUCAGGAGCAACCAGCUAUGGACAAAAAGCAGUUUGUGACAUUCAUGAAGAGGUACAUAAAGUUGUUGACACCAAGAGCUUUUGAGGAAGCAUAUAUAUUGAGGGGGCCACCAAAUUCUUGA